AUGGAUUAUAACCGACUCUUUCAGAAUAAGGAUAGAGAUGCUGGUGAUCAGGAAUCUUCUUCUGAGCCAAAACCGUUCUCUUUCAAUUUGGGCGGUGACAGUACUACCGGCAAUGCUCUCCAGAACAAACCAUCUGGUGUUGGAUUUAAUGGUUUAUUUUCAAAACAGCCAGAAAACUCAUAUAUUGACGCGCAACCACUAGAAACAAACAAAUUACCUGAUAUCGGUAUGGUGGAACAUUCUAUAUUUGGUGCAUCGGCAACCGGAGCCCCGCCUUCCUUUGGUGCUCAGAGUACUGAGACCAAGUCCUUAUUCAGUAAUUCAAGCAGUAGCGGGAGCUCUCAACCGCCUUUAUUUGGUGGCUUCGGUAGAUCUAAUAAUGACCAAGUUUCUCGAGAGCAAUCCUCUGUUGUCACCAAUAGCAGCACUCAGGGCAAUUCCAUAUUUGGAAUUUCAACGAAUAAUAAUAACUCUUCAUCUUCGCAGACACCCAGCUUAUUUAAUAAAAAUACUGGGCCAACUUUUACCUCAACCUCUUUGUUUGGAAGUGGGAGCCACGAGGCAAGUGUCGGAUCCUCAGGGUUUAAUAUUCAGAAACCCUUAUCAUUUUCAGCUACGAGUUCUGCAACGUCGGAAUCUACUCAGGCACCUAAAAGCGAGAAGACGGAGGAUUUGUCUAGUACACUAGCGGGUAAAAAUGAAGGUUUUAAAUUCGGUUCUGGUGAGAAAUCUGGUAAUUCUUGGUCCUUUUCUAGCACUAAGGCAAAUGAGACUACAGCUGGUCAGAAAAAUGAUAGUCGAAUUGGCACCGGCAAUACCAACAUUUUUAACUCUAUUUCAACAGGCACGAACGAUUCCAUAUUUGGACAAAACUCGACUGCAAUAACUAACACUGGAAGUGUCGCUCUUCCUGCCUUUAAUUUAAAGGGCUCUGCGUCGCAAUCGGCAAGUGACAAUAUUUCUAGUCAGACAGCACGCCCUUCUUUAUUCGCUAGUUCGAAUAGCAAUGAAGAAAGCAGAUUUGGGGCAACAGACUCAGGUGCACCCUUAGCUGUGCCUUCGAUUGGUCUUGAUCUUUUAAGUCAAGUAACUUCGUUAGAUACAAAUUACCCAGGUAGAGAUACAAUAGAAUCUAUCGAUUCUGGCUUUUUAGACUACGAGCCUAAUAUGGAUUCUAACAACUUGGAGACAUCACAGCCUAGUGUAUCAGAAUUUUCAACGGCACCUGAGUUCACUUUAGAAGAUGCUCCUAUUCAAAAUGGAGGAUUGGAACAUUGGCACAAUAUGAAUAGAACAUUGAAGUUUACAAUUAGUACUGUUGGCAAUGGGGGUGUCGCUUGGAUUGACCGUCGCAAUAGGGAUAAACAGAGUAUUCAGAAUGAGCCAACUGGAGAUAUAAUACAGGAGGAAAAAAAACUGUUCAGUGCUAAUAUUCCUUCGCAGAUUCCAAAUUCUCCGGGAUACAUUCAGUUUGUUAAAGACUGUUACAAUAUUGUGAAGGAAUGUCAAGAUGAGAUCGAAUCAGAUAGUAGUGGCCCGGUUAAUGUCGUUUGCAAACAUUAUUUCAACCUUCUUUACAAUAGAAUCCUGGAGUCACUCAAUUAUGUAGAAGAUGAUACGCAGAUGAUGGAUGUGUCGUUCAUUGUUUAUUGUUUCUUGGUGGUUUAUUUCGAAGCAAACGUGAAGAGCGAAUCAGAGCCCUUUGCCAAGGCAUUCUCAAAGUGGGCUAAUACAGUAGAUGAGGGAUCCUCACCCGAAGAUGCAGCUGAAAUAAUGAGAAUGUCUCCACCUACAAAGCAUCCCUUGUACUGGGACUUUGUGCAUGACAGAGCCAGCCGUGGACUACUUGAAGUUUGUGCUAGUACCUUGCAAGAAGCAAAUUCAAAAGAAAUGGCAGCCGAUGUCCGUGAGUCCAUCCACUAUGCCACCCAAUUGCUUCGUUCGUAUCCAAAUGAAGAAGGCUCUGAGUAUAAGUUUCACCAGUGGAAAAGACAAUGUAAUAUUGCCCACGGCCAUGCGCAGGACAUAGCAGAUCCAGCAUUGCGCAUCCAAUUAGUCCGGCUCUUCGACAUUCUCAGAGGACAUAAGGCAACAAUUCUGGAGCAGAACUCCAAUAGUUGGUUCGUAGCUCUUUCAGCUUUGGUUAUGUUUAAUGAUCCAUCAAGGAGCCGCCUGAAGGAGUAUUUUGACAUUGUACAGGCGGAGAUUCCUAUCGAUAGUCUAUUAAAAUGGGAAAGCGGUUGUGCGGCGGUUAUUUCAGGAGAUAUUCUGGUUGCUAUUCAAAAACUGGAAUCACUUGAUAGUUGUGUAGCGACAGCUGUUGCCCAGCUGUGCCAAAUGCGAGGAUUACUAGAUGAUUAUGGUAUUGUUCGGAUCAAUAAUGAGCCCUCAGUUCGGGACUGGCUAGUUUUGAGUCACGGCCAGAAUUGCAUUACUAGCGAGAUACCUGAGUUGGAAAAGAUUGGUAUUAACAUAUUGGUAGAUUUGGAUAUUCCUCAAUCUCGGGCUACUCUUGCCGAGUAUCUUCCAAGAUACGUAGCACAUGACGUAGAAGAGCUAGAGUGGGUACUUUCUACUGCUAAUGAGUUAGGAUUACACGAUACGGAGCGCCAAAUCCACCGCAUAGCUGCCCGUAACUACGCUUUUAAUGGAUGCUUCCUUGAGGCUUUCUUUGAGCUCGAUAAGGCUAAAGAUGCAUCAGCCCUCCAAGCUCUGAGUUGGCAACUUUUCGAAGACUCAUUAGUUUUCAACGAGCCAGCUGCCGAAGAUCUUACUAUACAGGCAGUUCUGCCAAAUAGCGGAGUCGAACUGUCUCCCCUAGUUCAUGAGAUCAUGGCACCAUUUGCAGUUCUUAAUGAAGCAUUUGAGCUCCUUCGAAGUGAAAAAUAUAUACAAGCUGGUGGCCGGAUUCUUGCUCUAUUACGAUUUCCAUAUCUCCCUGGCCGGUUUGUUGCACCACUUCUUUCGAUGAUCAUUUCUCUUCUGUCUCACAAUAAACAGCCCCGAAGUUUCACCAGUACUGAUCUUGUUCUGGUAAUGGAUACGUUGGAUAUGUGGGAAAAACAAGCUACAAAUACCAAGGAUCAUGUUGAUACGAGUGGUUAUAAAGAGGGUUUGGCCAUUAUUGAAAGGGCUGUUCACACGGCUAAGACUGAAGAGACCUUACCAUUGAAGAAUAAUGAUUGGCGGGCUCUUCUUCUUUCCAUUCCUGUUGAAAAAAUUCCAGACUUUAUUAUCAGUACUGGUAGAAUAGUGCUUGCACGUGAAGUAUCUCGUGCUUAUUUAUCAGGACUCUAG